AUGCCGGAAAGUACCAAACCGGAGGAGAAGCAAAAGAAAGACGUUAAAAAUGAGAAGGAAGAUGAUAAAACCGACUUGUCGGAGGAGGACAAACUCUUGCAGGAAGAGCUAGGAAAUUUAGUCGAGCGUCUUCAGGAUUCCAACACGAAAUUACACUACUCAGCAUUAGAUUCACUUCAAACUCAGAUUCGAGCCUCGACAACUUCGAUGACGAGUGUACCCAAGCCUUUGAAAUUUAUGAGACCUCACUAUGACACCAUGAAAACAGUCUAUGAUACUUUAUCUGACCCGAAAGCUAAGGAACUAUGCUCAGACAUCAUAUCGGUCCUCGCAAUGACGAUGGGCGAAGGCAGAGAAUGUUUAAAAUACAGAUUAACAGGAUCAGCCCUCGCGAUUGGCGAAUGGGGACACGAAUACGUCCGUCACUUAUCUGGAGAAUUGUCCGGUGAAUGGGAGCAACUCACUGGCGAGAAUAAGGAAGAUGUUAGCGAAAAAUUGAUAGCUCUGGUCCAUCAGAUCGUUCCUUACAAUAUGGCUCACAACGCGGAAACCGAGGCCUGCGAUUUGUUAAUGGAGAUUGAGAAACUAGACUUCCUCGAACAAUACGUUGAUGAGAGUGCCUACCAAAGAGUUUGUCUCUAUCUCACGAGCUGCGUUCCUUAUGUUGCUGAUCCAGAAAAUAGCCUCCUUCUUCACGCUGCCGCCAAACUUUACAGGAAAUUUGGACAGUAUCCUCAGGCAGUGAGGCUGGCGAUGCAACUUAACGAUUUACCAUUGAUUGAAGAGAUAUUUACUACUUGCAAAGAUUUAUCUAUACAGAAGCAGUUAGCUUUCAUGCUCGGGCGUCAGCAGAUCUUCCUUGACCUGCCAGAAUCCACAGUCGAGUACGACGACCUCGUUGAAAUAAUGUCAAAUUCCCACUUAAACAAUCAUUUCCUGAACCUAGCUCGAGAAUUGGACAUCAUGGAGCCGAAAACACCUGAAGACGUUUACAAGUCCCACCUCGAAAACUCGAGACCUCCAUUUGGUGGCGGCCAAGUCGAUUCAGCAAGGCAGAAUUUAGCCGCAAGUUUCGUAAAUGGAUUCGUGAAUGCAGCCUUCGGCCACGACAAACUCCUCAUUGAAGACGGAAACAAGUGGCUUUAUAAAAACAAGGAGCAUGGAAUGUUAAGUGCAACUGCUUCUCUUGGUCUCGUGCUUCUCUGGGACGUUGAUGGGGGUUUGACGCCCAUCGAUAAGUACCUCUAUUCCUCGGAAGAUUAUAUAAAAUCUGGAGCUCUUUUGGCUUGUGGCAUCGUCAAUUGUGGCGUCAGGAACGAGUGUGAUCCUGCCUUGGCUCUUUUGUCUGAUUAUGUACUUCAUAGCAGCAAUACGAUGAGAAUCGGAGCGAUUGUUGGACUGGGACUUGCCUACGCUGGGUCUAAUCGGGAGGCGGUUCUUAAUUUGCUGACGCCUGUUUUGAAUGAUCCAAAAUCGAGCUGGGAAGUCAUUGGAGUUGCUGGACUCGCUCUUGGGAUGGUCGCGGUUGGAUCUUGCAAUUCUUACGUUACUACUUCCAUUAUGCACACCUUAAUGGAGAAGAGCGAAGCUGAUCUCAAGGACACUUAUGCGCGAUUCUUGCCUUUGGGACUAGGUUUGUGUUUCCUGGGAAAACAAGAGGCAGCCGAGGCGAUUAUCGCCGCCUUGGAAGUAAUUCCCGAACCCUUCAAGUCCAUGUCCACAACAUUAGUAGAAGUUUGUGCCUACGCAGGAACAGGAAACGUCCUCAAAAUUCAGCAUUUACUUCACAUUUGCUCCGAGCAUUAUGAGACGGUCAACGAAAAGGAAGAGAAGAGUGAUCGCAGCAAAGACAAAGAGAAGAAAGAGGAGAAAAAAGAAGAAAAAGAGAAGGAUUUGAGUUCUCGUCAAGCCAUUGCUGUCCUAGGAAUCGCUUUGAUUGCAAUGGGAGAAGAAAUCGGUGCUGAGAUGGCUUACCGCACUUUCGGGCACCUUCUGCGAUACUGCGAACCUGUAAUUCGACGAUCGGUGCCUCUGGCUCUUGGUCUCAUAUCAGUAUCGAACCCUAAACUGAAUAUAUUGGAUACCCUCUCGAAAUUCUCACACGACAGUGAUCCUGAGGUGGCUCAUAAUGCAAUUUUUGCCAUGGGACUUGUUGGAGCUGGAACUAAUAAUGCGAGAUUAGCGGCGAUGUUGAGGCAACUUGCUCAGUUCCAUGCUAAGGACCCGAAUAAUUUAUUUAUGGUACGAAUCGCCCAGGGUCUCACUCAUUUGGGAAAAGGAACUCUUACGCUGUCGCCGUAUCAUAGCGACAGGCAGUUGCUAAGUCCUGUGGCUUUAGCUGGGUUAUUGGCGACGCUCAUUGGAUUCCUUGAUGUCAAAAAUAUUAUUCUUGGAAGGUCGCACUAUCUUUUGUAUACACUCGCAGCGGCGAUGCAACCAAGAAUGCUGGUUACAUUCGACGAGGAAUUGAAUCCGCUUGCAGUUCCGGUGCGAGUUGGUCUCGCAGUUGACGUCGUGGGCCAAGCCGGAAAGCCAAAAACUAUAACUGGCUUCCAAACGCACACAACGCCUGUCCUCUUAGCUUAUGGAGAAAGAGCGGAAUUAGCGACGGAAGAGUAUGUACCAUUAACGCCAAUCAUGGAAGGAUUUGUCGUUUUGAGGAAAAAUCCGGACUUUGUCCCUUAGGUUAUAUAUUAUAAUAAUAUUCCGCGUUUUUAUGUAUCUCAUAUUCAUUAAUAAUAAAAUACUGUCUCAUCUCUGGACGGUAAACUAUUGUUUUCAAAAUUCGCUGUCUAUCGAAGCAGAGACGAAACAGCUAAAAAUAA